AGAGUACAGUAGUAUUUAUUACACCAAGUGAAAAGUAGUAUCUGUAUUCAACUAUAAAGUUGUAUAUAGUUGUACCAUGUAUGGCUUUUAUUUCAACUCUCUUCUAACGGCUUUCGAUUUUCAAUCAUGAAAAGAAAUCAGAAAUAUUAUUAGGUGACAGAACAGCAGAAGUAUUAUUAGGUGACAGAACGUUAAGAAAGUUUGAAUAUUUCAGCAAUGGGUUGGAGUUGCUUUGGAAUUUUGCAAUCAUACAGAGACAAUAAAGAGACUCAAGUCCAAGAGCUCACCACCAACAAUGUGAGGCUUUUCUCUUAUAACUCAUUGAGAUCAGCAACAGGACACUUCCACCCAUCUAACAAGAUAGGAGGUGGUGGUUUUGGAGUUGUUUAUAAGGGAAUUUUGAGAGAUGGAACUCGUGUUGCUGUUAAAUGCCUCUCUGCUGAAUCAAAACAAGGGACAAAGGAAUUCUUGACAGAGAUCAAUAUAAUAUCAAAUACUCGACAUCCAAAUCUCGUUCAGUUGAUUGGUUGUUGUGUUGAGAGUGGCAAUAGAAUGUUGAUAUAUGAAUACAUGGAGAAUAACAGCCUUUCCAGUUCUUUACUUGGUUCUAAAGGUAAACGCGUUACCCUGGAUUGGCCCAAGAGAGCUUCUAUAUGUGUAGGCACAGCAUCUGGUUUAGCAUUUCUUCAUGAGGAAGCAGCACCGCCAAUUGUUCAUCGAGAUAUUAAGGCAAAUAAUAUCCUUAUAGAUGAAAACCUUCAACCUAAAAUUGGAGAUUUUGGUCUGGCUAAGCUUUUUCCUGAAAAUGUCACUCAUCUUAGCACGCGAGUGGCAGGAACAAUAGGUUAUCUUGCUCCUGAGUACGCCUUGUUUGGACAACUCACAAAAAAGGCUGAUGUCUAUAGUUUCGGAGUUCUUAUACUUGAAAUCAUAAGUGGAAGAAGCAGUAGUAAAGCAGCAUUUGGAGUGGAUCUCUUGGUUCUGGUGGAAUGGGUAUGGAAGCUUAGAGAAGAAGGCCGGCUUCUGGAUAUCGUUGAUCCAGAUCUAACAGAGUAUUCAGAAGCUGAAUUACUGCGCUUCAUCAAAGUUGCUCUCUUUUGCACACAAGCAGCACCUACCCAGAGACCUAAUAUGAAACAAGUGAUUGAGAUGUUGUCUAGAGAAGUCACCCUUAAUGAGAAGUUCUUAACUGAACCAGGAGUCUACAGACAACAUAGCUCGAAACGAUCAAGUUAUGAUAGUCUGCAGAAAUCAUCCUCGGGGGGGAAGACCGGGGUGCAAUCUGUAAAUCCUUUUGCAACAUCAACAAAGUUUGAGAGUUUUCCGAGUGUCACCCAAAUGCUUCCUAGAUGAUGUCAACUGGUGGUCUUAUUCGUUAUACUUGUAUAUUGUUGUUCUGCUAACGCGGGCACUGGGCAACUCCCCAAGGGAUUAUGGCAACCAGUAAUUUAUAAAUUUUCUCAUGUAAUGUAAGUUAGCAGUAGCUGAUAAGGAAGAAGGAAAAAUCUCUAGUACUUCAGAAAUUCUCUAGUACUUCAGAAAUCAACUACUUUUAUCCUCUUGUAUAAUAGUUUCACGGUUCCAGAGAUGGAUGCAUUAAAUAGAUUAGAUGAUUAAGAUUGCCUUACGUUUAUGAAAA